UCUGGGGAGCUCCGGCAGCGCCAGAGGGCAAAGCACAGCUGAAAGCUCAGAGCUGCGGUCCCAGGCCCUGGGCCAGGACCCCCAACCAGCGUCAAUGAAAGCAGAAGCCACAGUUAUUCCCAGCCGUUGUGCUAGGGGGCUCCCGUCACGGCAAGUCCUCAGCCCAGUCCAGCCCUGGCAAACAAGUCCACCCCAGAGCACGACCCAGCCCAAGCUCCUGGCUCGUCAGCACAAGAAGUCCCAGAAGAGGAGCAGCCUUCUCAAGGAGCUGGGGGCCUUCCACAUCACCAUCGCUCUGCUGCACCUGGUCUUUGGGGGCUACCUGGCCUCUACAGUCAAGAGCCUUCACCUGGUGGUGCUGAAGUCUUGGUAUCCAUUCUGGGGGGCUGCCUCUUUUCUCAUUUCAGGGAUCUUGGCGAUAACAAUGAAGAACUUUUCUAAAACUUACCUGAAGAUGUUGUGCCUCAUGGCAAACCUCGUCAGCCUCUUUUGUGUACUGUCUGGCCUCUUCGUCAUCACCAAGGAUCUCUUUCUGGAGAGCCCAUUUGAGUCCCCGAUCUGGAGAAUGUACCCCAACUCCACAGUCCACAUCCAGAGGCUGGAGCUGGCCUUGCUCUGCUUCACGGUCCUGGAGCUCUUCCUGCCAGUGCCCGUAGCUGUCACAGCCUGGAGAGGGGACCGUCCAUCUGCAAAGAAUGACGACGCAUGCCUUGUUCCGAACCCACCAUUGCGUCUCACAGGCCUGCCGGUGGAGCCCCCGCCAUCCUACCAGAGUGUGAUUCAACAGGACACACAACACAAGCAGCCUCAGAGGAUCAGAGAAGUUCAGCAAGUCUCCCCGGACAUAUGGGUAGUCACCGACGGAGCUGGGAUCUGGACCCAGACUGCAAACUGAAGACCACUGCCUGACAAUGCCCCAACUUGGUUGGAGCAUAACCUCUGCUCUCCUGAAGUUGUGCACUUUCACUGGGAAGAUGAGAUUUGUACAUACAAAAGACUAGUGCGAUGGUCUACACAGCAAAGUCAGCCCUCAUAGCUCCUGGGAACCCUGUCCUCUCAGAUAAGCCAUUUCUUACCCAGUUGACAGCUCGAUACAUGUGGUAGCCCAGAUUGUUUGGUUUUGUUUUGUUUUGUUGAGAUGGAGUCUUGCUCUGU